AACUUCCGAAGUAAAAAUAGAGGGAUUUCCUCCAUAAAGGUGCCAAGGCGUAGAAAGACACACAACGCUGAGCCCAUGGAGAAUCAUGACCAAUGAAGACUUUUCAUUGUUUUUUCUAAAAAACGGAAAAAUCAGGCUAUCUGCAACUCUAUAUUUGCUAUCUAUAAGGGAUUUCUCUUGGAAUCAAUCAUGGAGAGGCGUCGUUCUAUGCAGGGAGCCUCUAUGGUAGAAGCUCCCUGUACUUUAUAUGGGAAACAGCCGCAAAAAAAAGAUAGGCCUUUCCGGCUUUGAAGCGCUCGGAAGACCUGAGCUCCUUUUCUAUCCCCUUGCUGCAAAAGUUGGAUUUUGAAUUGAAUUCUACCUUUGGGAGAAGAUAAAAGCUUGUUCUUGGAGAUGGGGCUUGUGACCUUCAAAGACGUGACUGUGUGUUUCACUGAGGAGGAAUGGGCUCUGCUAGAUCCAGGCCAGCGAGCUCUCUACCAAGAAGUCAUGGCAGAGAAUUAUGGGAUGGUAGCCUCCGUGAUCCAGGAGCUUCAGCCAGGAAUAAAUUCAGAGGAAUGGGACUUGGCAGCCGCUUAUGAGUUCAGGGACAGAAUGAAGAGAGGAGAAAGAGGCUCUCCUGCUGUCAAGCUUGGGACUGAGAGAGAGUUUCUGAGCAGAGCACAUCUGCAACAGGCCAAGCAAAGUCCAGCUUCCGGCUCCCAGCGGGAGUGGGCAGAUCAGUUCCUGAACUUCCUGAAGACAGCGGCGUCCUCUCACUCGGGGCGUACCAUUCCCCAGCCCUCGUUGGAGUCUGAUAUGAGGGAAUUCCAGGCCUCUUUGGAAGGGGUAGCUGUCCACAGCCACAGGCCUAGCGGAGAAGGUGCAACCCAAUCCCUGGCAGGCCCUCAUGGCGAAGCCUCUGGCAGCCUGGACUGUUUUGCGAAAGUGAAGGAAGAGGUUUUGUCGGAGGAGGAGGAAAGCGUCGGCAUGGAGACACAAGAGAGGCCGGAAGAAAAAGCUUUGAAGCCUAUGGGGGAUGGCAAUUUCCCAACAUCAGAACAGGAUCUAUUGGACACAGUAAAGAUGCAGCUCUCUCUGGAGACAAUGCAAGAGGACAAAUUCCUGGGAAAUGGUAAUCAAGUGUUCAAGUCCGAGGAGAUCUUUUGGCACGAAGCACCUGAGCAAAUGAACCCCAGUAGGGUAUUUCCGGAAAGCACCAUAGGUGAUUUUUUUCAAGUCCUCAAAGUGGAGGAGAUUCCUGAGAUUCAUCAGGAGACAGACAGUUUCCAGGAGAGUAAGCCCCACUUAGCCUUGCUUUGUGGGGAAGGCGCUAAAAGUGUGCCCAGGAGGACCUUCCACGAGGACGUCUUGAGCUCUGAAAGGAGAAAAGGAGAGCAAGAAAACUUGGGAAGCCUCCAUGGGAGCACUGACCUUGUGGAGAACCAGACAGAGGAGGGAGAGAAAACAUAUAAAUGCUCAUAUUGCGGGAAGUGUUUCGGCAAGAGUCUGGACCUGGUUGCCCAUGAGAGAGCCCACAUCAGAGAGAAAAUUUACAAAUGCUCCCAUUGUGAGAAACAGUUCUCUCAUCAGAUCGACCUUCUGACACACAAGAAGAACCACCAGGGGGAGAAGCCACACCAAUGCGAUUCCGAUUGCAGCAAAUGCUUCCAGCAGAGAGCUUUCCCGAUCACACACCAGAGAGCCCAUUCUGGAGAGAGCGCCUGCCAGUGCUCUGUGUGUGGGGAAAACUUCAGUUGGAAAUCCAACCUUAUUAGACACCGGAGAACCCACACAGGAGAGAAGCCCUAUCAAUGCACUGAGUGUGGGAAAAGCUACACGCGGAAAACAGCCCUUAGUAGACACAAGAAGAUUCAUGGCGGGGAGAGACCCUGUGAUGGCAGUGCUCCAAGCAGGGCUCCAGCUUCAGUGUGGGUUCUCCUGGUGUAAGGGUUGGCAAAGGUGGUGAGGAAGACUUUCCUGGUGCUCACACUGUAGGAAUACUUCCAGCCACAAAGCCUACAUUUUGUUCAGUGUUGAACAAAGUGUAUAAACAAUUGCCAGGUGGGAACUGGUUCCUAUCGGUGCUCUGGCCUUCUUGCCCCACGUGGAAAUCCAUGCAGAAGCAGGGGAGGCUGGCCAUUAGGGCGAAUGGGGCACUGCCCACCGACCCCAGUCUGCCUUCAGCUAGGGCUUCCUCUUGCCUCCUCUCCUAACUUACUGUCAAUCCAGGGAGUUGACACUGCCUGUCGGCUUCCUCAGUUUGAGUUUUGCCCUUCUAGAACUCGGCAGGGAAGAAGACAGGGACACAAUUAGAAUGUGUUGGCUCUGCCUGUCAUUGGCUCUGGCUCUUCCUCCUGUUGGGCUCCCUGCCUUCCACCCUGCCGGUUUCAACGAGCACCAGCCACCACUGAUACGGAGAGAAACCACAGAAGUGUUUAAACUUUGGAAAGCAUCUCUGGAUUUCACAUGGGAGAACUCGAUAUAAGGAAAGCAUAUCUGUACGUGUUGCGUGCAAGGGAGAGCUUUUUGGAGAGCAUUAAAAAAUACAUGUUGCAGAGAUGUCGUGGGAAAUGCUUGGGCGGGGGGGGGGGGAGUGCCAUACCGUACAUAUGCAGCCCGAUAUGGUAGAAGAGUGAUUUGUACCUUCUCAAACUGAAGGUGGUGCAUGCCAUUUGUAAUUCUCCAGAUUUUUUAAAAAUGUUUCUGCAAGUAGAAAUCUAGCACAUCAGAGAGAAUGGUUCUAUCCCAGUUUGCUUCCUGUUGUGCUGGUUUUCUGUUUGCAGGGUGUUUUUUAAUAUGGGGGAACAUUCAAAAAUGCAAUUUACUACCUACAGUCUGACAUGGUACCAUUCAGCCUCAAGACUGCCACAUCUCUUAGUUGCAUAUAUAAGGCCAGGUGCCUCGAUUAAGGGGUUUCAGAGGCUAGGCCUAUGAAAAUGGAUUUCCCUCUUUGCACCAGUUUUGGUCAGCAUCCAAAAAUCCACACCUGGAAUGGAAUCGUAAAGAUGCUCCCCUUCUAGAAAGUUUCAGGAAGUUGGGUAUUGAAUAAAGAGAGGAAAACAUUGAUUUUUGGUAAAGGAGUAGCAAAAUCUUGCAGGUUGGAGCUCAAAUUAUACUGUAUGUGGGAGAAACAACCCUUGGCAAAACUUUGAGAGAUAGAGUGUGUGUGUGUAAGGGAGAGCGAGUGUACAGUGUAGACCAACCACCCAUCUUUUAGAUGUGAGCAGGAUAGUCAAUAAAAGCUGUAGUUUCCCCCCUCCCCUGCCAGCAAAUGUCACUUACUCCUAUUUCCUGACCACUGGCUAUUCUGCUCCUCACCACUAUCUUAGAGACAUCUUGAAUGUGGCCAAAUUUCCCAUGAUGACUCCUGGCACCCUAGCCCCCAGAGAAUCUGGCAAAGUUCUCAGAACGUGGUGUGACAACUCAAGGUUUUCACCUUUAAACUAUGCACUAGAAGAGUUGUGGGGAACCUGUGGCCCUCCAGAUGUUGCUGAACUACAAUUCUCAUCAUCCCUGGCCAUUGGCCAUGCUUGCUGGGGCUGAUGGGAGCUGUAGUUUCACCACAUCUGCAGGGCCAAAGUUCCCCACACCUGAACUAGGAAGGUAGUGCUAUGUAGGCCUUUGAUUCAGAGUUAUGUGUGAAUUUUGAAAUAUUGAUUCAGCUCUUGCACUUGUGCGAGUGGUACCCAAGAACUUGUUGCUGGUAUUUAAAAAAAAAAGGCUGAUGUGCGGAUAUUUGUUUUUUUAUUAAUAUUUUCCGUUAAUAUGUGCAGCUAUAAAAUAAAUUUCAAUCCUUUUUGGGGGUAUCUGAUUGUAUGUAGCCCUUUGGUUUUUAGGGAUGGGGAACCUAUGGCCUUCCAGGCAUUUCUGGACUACGAGUCCCAUCAUCCCUGAUCAUCGUCCGUCAUUGCUGGGGCUCAUGUGAGUUGAAGUCCAACAUCUGGAGGGCACCAGGUUCCAUAUCCCUCCUCUAAUGGGGUUUCCUUUUUCAUGAGUAUUUCAGUGGUUCUCACAUUAUUUUAAUUUUAUUUUUUGAAUAUAUAAAUCUUAUUUUCAGUUACUCUUAACCUGCUUGGAGCUGAUGGACAGAAUUAGCUGGAAGUGUGAAUGAAUAAAUUUUUGUAUAUAAGU